AUGGGCGUGGUGACUGGAGAUAUUCUGGUCAACGGCAUUCCCAGAGACCAGUCUUUCCAGCGAAAGGCUGGGUACGUUCAGCAACAAGACAUUCACCUCGAGACAUCCACUGUUAGGGAAGCCUUGCAAUUCAGUGCCAUGCUACGCCAGCCAGCAUCUGUCAGCAAGCAAGAGAAGUACGACUAUGUCGAAGAGGUGAUUGGGCUUUUAGAGAUAGAGGCCUAUGCAGAUGCCAUUGUUGGAGUGCCCGGAGAAGGCUUGAAUGUCGAGCAGAGAAAACGACUGACCAUCGGCGUCGAGCUCGCCGCGAAACCCGAUCUCCUCCUUUUUCUCGACGAACCGACAUCAGGCCUCGACAGCCAGACAGCAUGGUCAAUCUUAUCACUGAUCCGAAAGCUCUCCGAAAACGGCCAAGCCAUCCUCGUGACAAUCCACCAACCUUCCGCUCUCUUAUUCCAGCAAUUUGACCGUCUUCUUCUCCUCGCACACGGCGGGAGAACAGUCUACUUUGGCGACAUUGGCGAGAACUCCCGCGUGCUCACGAGCUACUUUGAGCAGUACGGAGCAACACCCUGCGGACAGGACGAGAACCCUGCCGAAUGGAUGCUAAAAGUCAUCGGCGCCGCGCCGGGCGCCAAGGCCGAGAGAGAUUGGCCCGGUACUUGGAAGGAGAGCCAUGAGUAUGCCGAGAUGCGCCGCGAGCUCGAACGUCUGGAGCAGGGGUUAGCGACCAAUGGUUCAACGACAAGUCACGAUGAGAUGUCUACUUAUGCUGCGCCGUUCCAUGUUCAGCUUGUAUUGUGCACUGAGAGAGUCUUCCGACAGUAUUGGCGCACGCCGUCGUACAUUUACUCCAAGUUGAUCCUGUCUGGUGGCACGAGUUUGUUCAUCGGCGUGUCUUUCUACAACUCGCCACUCACAAUGCAAGGCCUCCAAAGUCAGAUGUUCUCCAUUUUCAUGUUGUUGGUGGUCUUUGCUUUUCUCGUCUACCAGACGAUGCCCAACUUCAUCCUGCAACGCGAGCAAUAUGAGGCGAGAGAGCGCGCCUCUAAGGCGUACUCUUGGUACGUGUUCGUGCUGGUCAACAUCAUUGUCGAACUUCCCUGGAACACCUUGGCUGCUAUCGUGAUCUUCUUCCCAUUCUACUAUCUCGUCGGCAUGUAUCGCAAUGCUAUCCCAACGGACGCGGUUACGGAACGUGGCGGCCUCAUGUUCCUCCUCAUCUGGGCCUUCAUGCUCUUUGAGUCGACUUUUGCCGAUAUGGUGGUCGCCGGUGUACCGACGGCGGAGAUUGGCGCAACUGUUUCUCUCCUACUCUUCGCCCUGUGUCUGAUCUUUUGCGGUGUCAUUGUACCGAUCGACGCCCUUCCGGGAUUCUGGAAGUUCAUGUACCGCGUUUCACCCUUGACCUACCUCGUUGAGGGUCUCUUGUCAACGGGGCUAGCACACAACAAAGUUGAGUGCUCUCAACUCGAGCUGUUGCAGUUCAGUCCGGCAAAUGGAACCGCGUGUGGUGAUUACAUGGCGCCGUACAUGCAAAUGGCCGGCGGCAGUGUCUUCAACCCUAACAGUACCGACGCCUGCCAAUUCUGUCCACUGGCUACGACAGAUGAAUUCUUGGCUACCACUUCUACGUCGUAUGGCAAACGAUGGCGGUCGUAUGGGUUGAUGUGGGUCUACAUAAUCUUCAAUCUGUUUGCAGCUUUGUCGCUGUACUGGCUGGCUCGGGUGCCGAAGAAGCACUCACUGGCUCAACUUUGGAAGAAGAAGUCUUCCUAA